AUGCCACGCCCAGCUCCCAAACGAAAUCGCUUAACCAAACCCAAAGCCACCAAGGCAAAUGCGCCCAAGCCCGACCAAAAUGAAACAACCGCAAAAUCACCCCCCGCCGAGCGGCGCGCGCCUUCAGUCGACCCGCGACAAACACCUCUAGCAAAGAAUCAUGACCACGCGAUCGAGUCAUCUCCCACCGGCGACCGGCCAGGAACAGGCAGUCGACCGGGAACAGCGAGUCGACCUCCCACCAGAUCGCGCGGUUACUCCUCGACCAUGUCCGUGGCUGGGCGCAAAGGGGAGACGAAUGCGAAUGCGAAUUCCAGAAUCCCCGGUACACCUAGCUUCGACACGUCAAUGCUGAGCAAUUUUCGACGACGACCGCGCCAACAGAGUAUUUUGCAGAUGGUGCAGGCGGAGGAUGGGUCUUCGGAAUUGGACGAUGAUGAUUUUCUGGGUGGAUUGAGUCCACAGGAUGAAUCGACGCCUUUGAAUCGCCCUCGUGGUAAAUCAUUACUGGUGAAACCAGAUGAGCAAGAGGAAUCACCAUCGGGUUCGCAGUCGCCUUCACCUUCACCGUCUCAAUCUCUCCCGUCCUCCGACUCCGCCGGCUCGCGCAAGCGUAAACGCUUCGCGAAAAUUGAAGUACAAAUACAAGUGCCACGGUCAUCGGCUCCAAAAGCAAGCCAGAUCGAGGACGAAGAGAUCAAUCAAAUCGACGAUACACCGAGUGCUACGCCAAUCCCACGCAAUACCUACCCAGAAGAGUCCCAGCGAGAAGGAGAAACACCCCAACCUCCACGGUUCUCUGAUAUAUUAAGUCAAACUUUCCUACCGCCUGCCAGUAGUCCUGCAAGCACUGCUGCUACGGCCCCGCGUUCACCAUUGGUCGUUCCUCAGGUCUCGGGUAAACGACGACCCAAGGAUUCCGCGCAUAUGUCCACAGCCGCGCUACAAAACAAACUACUUCCACGGCGAAGGUUACGUCGUCUGAGACAGCGAGAUGCUGGAGAACAACAUGACGGGUCUAGUGACGAUAGCGACGACGGUAGUACGCACGAUGCCGCAUCGGGUGACGACGACGAGCUCAGUCGUCCCACUUCCUCAAGGAGGUCUCGGUCUCAAUCGCGAGGAGCUUCGGCUCCAGCUAAGCCUAGGCCUCUACGGAAUUCCCAUGAUAAGUCCAAGCUCAACAAUCCGAAGCAGAGAAAGCCUAGAGGCAAAAAGGCGGCAGCAGCGGCGCCAGAAGAAGAACCCGCGACGACGACUUACUCGCGCUCAAGGGGAGAAGGGGGAGUUGAUAAGGAGAAUGAAUUUCAACUAUCGCGAUCAGGGUCCCCCUUGUCUUCUGUACCUGACUCGGAUGCCGAGUCUAAUACGGGAGCAGGAAACAGAACACCUCGUCGCUUUACAAGUGCCGAGUUGCGCGCCGCAACGUUGAAAUUUGCAGAGAUCGAUCAAUGGGAAAUGGAGUUUGAGGAUGUGUCCGGUUCGGAGAUUUAA